AAAUUUUUCUAGUUGUAUUUUUAGGUUCAACUUUGAUAAACGUUUAUUGAAAUUACUUUGUAACAUAUCGCAAAUGGAAUUAUAGAGAAAAGAAAAUAUUCAACUUUUAAUGGAAAUACAAGAAAAUAUCAGAACGGCAAUAAAACCCCGAAAUUCUUUUAUUCCUGACAUAACAGUAUCGACCAAAAUCAAUGAAGAUCAGGAAUAUAAUGACUUAAAGAGUGAAGAUAUAAUUGAAGAAGAAGAUAUUGUUCGUGUUGAUGUUGAGGCUCAAUGUUCGCUAGAUUCUGUUGAUGGAAAAAAGGAAUCAAAUCAAUUUGCAUCUAAAAAAGCAACUGCCGAAGGAAUGAUGGAUGUAGCGUUAUUAACGGCAAAUGCAAAUCAAUUAAGAUUUUUAAUGGCGUACAAUUCAAACUCUAAAACUUAUGUUUUAAUUAUGACUCUGAUUAUUUCAUCAUUAAUCUUACAAACGAUUGUUGGGUUUGCAUUUAUAUUUAAACGAUAUUGUAAAUGCCGAAAUGACAAACAAAAAGCACGCAUCUUAAGCGAAUUUUUAAUUGCUACCAUUUUCUUGGUAACAUUAAUCAACAUAUUUAUUGCAACUUUCAGUACUACAGAUUAAUAAACAAAAGCUCAUUUUUUAAACAAAAACACUAAUUGAAAGAAUAGAAAUCACUUGGCCUUACUAAAUUACUUUUACUUCACUUUUAAGUAAUUAAAUGAUACUCAAAUAUGCAUAAAUAUAUUUAAAUUAAAAAACAGAAA